UCAGUUGAUUGAGUUGAAUAUUAGUUGAGUUGAUUGACUUUCAAUUGUUUUCGGUUUGGAUAAAGUUGAGUUUGUUGGUUUUAGUGCUUUAUGUGUGGUGUUAUGGACUAAUAUAAUGUGGAGAUUGGUUUUCGUAUGCUUGUUUUCCUGGGCGGGCGGGCAGAGUGGACGCGCCCCGCGGCAGGACCACCACGGGCGAGGCUGGGACAUCCGACUUGCCGUACCGGGCAAGCCGGGGAACGACUACCCCACACUCGGGAAUAUCCCAAGAACGACCUUCUCUUGCGCUGGUAGACAACCAGGUUACUAUGCGGAUCAGGAGACAAACUGCCAAGCCUUCAGAGUGUGCACCGCGGGAUCCACCUACGGCUUCCAAUCUUUCCUCUGCCCCAACGGUACUCUGUUCAACCAAGCCGUCUUCGUCUGCGACUGGUGGAUGAAUGUCAAAUGCGAAGCUUCACAAAAGUUCUUCAACAACAACGAAAAAUUCGGAAACCUCAAGCUUGGACCGCAACUUAUGAAAGAUAUCAAGAAGAUGAUUACACAUCCCAUGAGAAACCCCAUUGAUAAAGGUAUCAUGAAAGGCAAUCUUGUUGUUAUGCAAGACUAUAAGCCACCUUCAGGCCAAUUAUUCCCCAACAGCGCUCUAAUAGCAAGUGCAGAUAGAACUCCUAGUAAUGUCUUCGUCCCACCAAAAAUCACACAGCAAAACUUCGGACAAACCAACUUUAUUAGAGACACUUCUUUCGCUGGUUCAACGCCGAGUCCCUCGUAUAUACCGUUUGAUGUGCAGCCGACACAGGCUGAUGCAGAAGUAUUCCAGCGGCAGCAGCAAAAUGGCCAACAGUGGCAAAAUGGACAACAGUUUCAAAAUAGCCAACAGUGGCAAAGCGGACAACAGUUUCAAAAUGGCCAACAGUUGCAAAAUGGCCAACAGUUGCAAAAUGGCCAAGAGUUGCAAAAUGGCCAACAGUUGCAAAUUGGCCAACAGUUGCAAAAUGGCCAACAGUUGCAAAAUGGCCAACAGUUGCAAAAUGGCCAACAGUUGCAAAAUGCCCAACAGUUGCAAAAUGCCCAACAGUUGCAAAAUGCCCAACAGUUGCAAAAUGCCCAACAGUUGCAAAAUGCCCAACAGUUGCAAAAUGCCCAACAGUUGCAAAAUGCCCAACAGUUGCAAAAUGGUCAACAGUUGCAAAAUGGUCAACAGUUGCAAAAUGGCCAACAGUGGCAAAAUAACAGACAAAACACACAAUCUGGAAAUCAGUUUGGUCGUCUUGUGCAACCUACUACUAGUACCAAUAACAAUGUUAACACACUUCGUCAGAAUCAACUAAGUCAGACUCAACUGAACCCAGCACCAACUACUUAUAACCCACAAAAUUUCAAUAAUCAACGAAUACAGGGUAACAGACAAAAUGCACAAUACACAGCCAAUAAAACUCCCGCACAGUGGAACAGUGGAAAACAAGCUGAAUUUGGAGUUUCUUUAACAAAACAACAAUACAAUUACAACUCAAAUCAAGCAAGUCAACAACAAAACUUAGGGUUCCCAAAAUUCUCAAGCGACAUUAAAGGUCCAGUGGGCAAUAAAGCCAAAGAGAAUCUGGUAAGUAACAAUGACAUACCAUCUACUGUAAUAACAAAAACAAUAACUGUUAAUCGAAUUAUUCAAGAACCCAAGACAGGCCAACCUAAAUCUAGAGUAGUAUUCAAAACUUGGAUUGUUAAACCCUCUAAAGCUGCUAAAUUAGUCGCGGAACCAACUGCGUACACGUAUAGUCGUCCUACUCCGCCAAUUAGUGAAAGACAAGUAGAAGCAAGCACCCCUUAUGUUUAUGAUAGACCAACCAACCCACCACCGCCGCCGCCCUCACCGCCACCAGCAAAAAUAGUCUCAGAACCAGACGAAUCUUAUGUUUACAAUAAACCCACAGUAGCGGCUAAGGUAGUAUCAGAGGAAGAGGAGCCGUAUGUUUAUAACAAACCAACAGUGGCGGCUAAGGUAAGGUCAAAAGUUAGACAAUUGCCCCAAGUAACAGAAGCAGACGAGCCUUAUGUUUACAAUAAGCCGACAGCUGCUGUUAAAAUAGUAUCAACGGUUAGACAAGUUCCUCGCGCGUACCUUCCUCCAGCUACACCAGCUCCAACAGUAGCUAGAUUAUACCAACAACCGACUACAGUAGAACCAACCAAACCCUCCCGUCUUUACUUGACUCCAACUACGUUCAAUCCACUAGAAAGAAUAUACUUACCGCCAUCUCAACCUGCACCUUUUAGACAAUACUUAACACCCAAUACAGAUAUACAAACUCCUUUCUCUCAAAAUGAGAAACUUAUUGCCGCUCCCACCUCACCUUCGCCCGUCUAUGUUGCUCCAACUAAAGAGAUUUCUACUCAACCAUCUUUCACCCUCACUAAGCACUCCCGUAUUAAUGCAAACCAUAACAAUUUGACAUUUGCAGAUAUACUAACUAAGGAAAAACUUGAUAUAACAGUUAAUGACAUAGUCAAAGACACCAGCAAAAUCCUUAAAUCUGCUUCUAAUGAACAGUUUGGUCGACUUACCCAAGAUUUGAAUUCAGUUGACUAUCCUGAAGAGAGUGCCUAUUUACCGCCAGAUUCCAAUCCAUCAAGUAAAGAGAGUCUAACUCCGUCAACCUUACCAGAUACAGCAAAAAGUUCUCGUCUCACACAAGCUCCUUCAAAAGACUUAGAACCUCCACUAGAAACCCCCAAAGAUGUUCAAAAUACUAAUCAGCUGUCUAAUCUACCUUUUUUUAAACAACCCACUAACACCAUCCAGCGAACAGUCUCUUUGAAAAUCUCUAUUCCAGAAAACGUAGCUUCGUACCUUUUUAAAAAUACUAAUGACAGUGACUUGGAUAGGUUAGAGAUACUCAACACGGGAAGCAGUAAUUAUUUAGUCCUCACUAACCAACUCGCCACGAGUACCACUCCUACUUUCAUUCCAAUUGGUAAGCUGAUAGCAGAUAAAAAUUCAUCUCUUUCAAAUUCACAGGCACUGGUGUUCUCUUUACUGGCUAACUCUAUCAAUGUGGCCAAGGAAUACAGCAACAUCGCACAACAAAACGUACUACCAGCUACACCCACACAACCACAGUUCCAGAACGUCAAUGAAGAGGAACUAGCUCGCAUCACAAACCAAAUAUCACAACUCACGUCAUCUCAGUACUCUGGCAAUAAUCAAAAUGGCAAUCUUGGCAAUGCAAAGAUUGUAUCCACUUCUCAAACUACCACAACAAAUUCCGGCACUCAACACACACAAACGCAAUUACCGAAUAACCUAGUACAAAAUAGUGGAAAGAGCGGACAGUUAAACGUAGCACCACAACAAAGCGGCAGCUUCUACUCAUCACAAUUCCAAUUUGGGAAUAGUUUCGGACCAGCGGUUUCUAAUGCUAAUCAGAACCAAGUAUAUAGUGGUCAACUAUACCAGGCCCCGGUUCCACAAGUCACUGAGCAGUACUACAACAAGGGAAGUCCAGCGAAGCUUAUUCAAGCCGACAAUGUUAACAAUUUUGCAACUGAAGCUGAACACCUCCAGACCAAUCAACAAUCAAAUGCAAAAAAUAACAUUAACCAAUCUAAACAGUCAAGUGCAGAAGUUGAAAUAGUUAAAUCCCACAGUUUACCCGUAUCAAGCCCGGCGAAGUUGCAGGUCGCCCCAGAGGAAGCUAAUUACAACAGCCAAGAAUCUUCACAAGCUUUCAUUAACAACUUUUUAAAUAGCGAAGGAAUAUCGGCUCAAGUGCAGGAUAAUAUUAUCGGGACAAUACCGCAUCCUUUGGAGAAAAAUAAAUUUGUGACGUAUAAAAAAGAUCAGUCAUACUCUUUUUACACGAGGUUGGAUGGCAAUGGUCUAGACCAACCAACACAGAGUAGCAGAAAUCCACAACUCAAUGCAGGGAGCCAACAGAAUGCCAAACUUAUACAAGCAAAUGAUGAUAUUUUCCAACUAAUCCCGUCUGUCGGUUACCAACUGGAGGAUGAAAAAGAGCAAGAGCAAAUACUUAACGCUUUUAAUAUUAACGAAUUCGGAGGUCCUAAAUCAGAAAACAACAACAAUAACGAAGGGUACAUACUUCCAACCCCUGCUAAUCGUAGAAGUGAUGUCCUUACCACUAAUGUAGAUUUUUCUGUGACCCACCCCUUUGCAAAGCAACUUCUCGUUCAAAGAAAACCUAAUGCUAUUUAUAAUGGGCCUUCGUCAUACUCAGCUCCUCAAGGAUCAAUAGGCUUUUUAGAUACCAGGCAACGGAUUUUGCAGAACCAAAAUUUAAAUGCUAGGUUAGAACAAUUUGAUAUUAUUAGUAAUGGCAAUGGAUAUCCUCCAAAUCCUCAAAGACAGUUUGGAUACUAAUAAGUUACUUUCCUACAAUAUUGCGUUCUUGCCAAGCAUAGAAAUGGUCCCUGGAAGUUUACUAUCUCACUCUACCAGAUAGUUGCCACAUGACUGCAUCCCUAUCGUUUCUUUGUUCGUUUGCUCGGUGUGGACGCAUCAUCACGAAAAAAGACUUCCUUAGUAUAAAAGUAAGAUACAUGUAAAUAUGCGAAGUAAAUUAUAUAACGAAAUAG